GAUUCCUUGAUUCGUGGGAAAAGUCUAGAUUUUUGUGGAUUUUGAUUUUGUUCCGUGAUUGUAUGAACUUGAGUCGUUUUGCGUCGAGAUUAAGAAUGGCCGAAGAAAUCUCAAAGAAGGUUGGAUCUUCUUCUACUGCUUCGGUGGCUGAUUCAUCUGCUGCUACGUCGGCUGCAACGGAUGCAGCGAAAUCAAGAUGGAAAAUUUUGUGGCCUAAUUCGCUCCGGUGGAUUCCUACGUCCACCGAUUACAUCAUCGCCGCUGAGAAACGUCUUCUCUCCAUCCUCAAGACGCCUUAUGUACAAGAGCAAGUCAAUAUUGGUUCAGGACCACCAGGUUCCAAAAUCAGGUGGUUUAGGUCCACGAGCAAUGAGUCACGUUACAUCAAUACUGUUACCUUUGAUGCUAAGGAGGGAGCUCCUACACUCGUGAUGGUUCAUGGUUAUGCUGCUUCUCAAGGUUUCUUCUUCCGUAAUUUCGAUGCUCUUGCCAAUCGAUUUAGGGUGAUUGCUAUUGAUCAACUUGGGUGGGGUGGAUCAAGUAGGCCUGAUUUUACAUGUAGAAGCACAGAAGAAACUGAGGCAUGGUUUAUCGACUCCUUUGAGGAAUGGCGUAAAGCCCAAAAUCUCAGUAACUUUAUUCUAUUAGGACAUUCUUUUGGAGGCUAUGUUGCUGCUAAAUACGCGCUUAAGCAUCCUGAACAUGUUCAACACUUAAUUCUGGUGGGAUCUGCUGGGUUCUCAGCAGAAGCAGAUGCCAAAUCGGAAUGGCUCACUAAAUUUAGAGCAACAUGGAAAGGUGCAGUCCUAAAUCAUUUAUGGGAGUCGAAUUUCACUCCUCAGAAGCUGAUUAGAGGAUUAGGUCCUUGGGGUCCAGGUCUUGUAAAUCGGUAUACAACUGCAAGAUUUGGUGCACAUUCGGAGGGGACUGUGCUAACAGAAGAGGAAGCCAAAUUGCUAACCGAUUAUGUGUACCAUACUUUGGCUGCAAAGGCUAGUGGAGAAUUGUGCUUGAAAUACAUCUUCUCCUUUGGAGCAUUUGCUCGAAAGCCCCUCUUACAAAGUGCAUCAGAGUGGAAAGUGCCAACAACGUUUAUCUAUGGAAUGAAUGAUUGGAUGAACUAUCAAGGUGCGGUGGAAGCGAGGAAAUCCAUGAAGGUCCCUUGCGAAAUCAUUCGGGUUCCACAGGGUGGUCAUUUUGUGUUCAUAGACAACCCAAGUGGUUUUCAUUCUGCAGUGCUUUAUGCUUGCCACAAGGUCUUUGGAUUCGAAUGCCCUACGAAACAAGUUUAUAAUGAUGGAGCCAAAGAAGUUGCACUUUGUGUCCUCUCGGGAAUUAACUCGAGCAUUUUCGCGUAUGGACAGACGAGUAGUGGGAAAACGUACACGAUGAGUGGAAUCACUGAAUUUGCAAUGAACGAUAUCUUUGCUUACAUUGACAAGCAUAAACAAGAAAGAAAAUUCACUCUAAAAUUCUCAGCGAUGGAAAUCUACAAUGAAGCUGUAAGGGAUCUCCUUUGUGAAGAUAGCAGCACUCCACUUAGGCUUUUAGAUGAUCCAGAGAGAGGAACGGUCGUUGAGAAACUUAGAGAAGAGACUCUCACCGACAGGAAUCAUCUAGAGGAACUCCUUUCUAUAUGCGAGACUCAGAGGAAGAUUGGAGAGACGUCUUUAAAUGAGACUAGCUCUAGAUCUCAUCAGAUUCUCCGACUGACAAUUGAAAGCUCGAAUCGAGUAUUUUCUCCAGAGAGCUCAGCGACUCUUGCAGCGUCAGUGUGCUUUGUUGAUCUAGCAGGAAGUGAACGUGCUUCUCAGACAUUAUCUGCUGGUUCAAGACUCAAAGAAGGUUGUCACAUUAAUCGGAGUUUACUUACUCUCGGAACUGUCAUUCGAAAACUAAGCAAAGGGAAAAAUGGACACAUACCGUAUCGAGACUCAAAGCUAACUCGUAUACUACAGAACUCAUUGGGGGGAAACGCAAGAACGGCUAUCAUUUGUACAAUGAGCCCUGCUCGUAGUCAUCUCGAACAAUCAAGAAACACGCUUCUCUUUGCAACUUGUGCUAAAGAGGUGACCACAAAUGCUCAAGUUAAUUUGGUUGUGUCUGAGAAAGCUUUGGUGAAGCAACUGCAGCGAGAACUGGCGAGAAUGGAGAAUGAAUUAAAGAAUCUUGGACCUGCUUCUGCUUCUUCAACCUCUGAGUUCUACGCAUUAAUGCUCAAACAGAAAGAAGAGUUGAUUGCAAAGAUGGAGGAACAAAUCCAAGAACUUAAAUGGCAGAGAGAUGUAGCUCAAUCUCGGGUCGAGAAUUUGCUUAAAUCAACAGCGGAAGAGCAGUCAUCUUCAAGUUCAAUGGAUAGCAGAAGAAGAAGAAUAAGUUACGAUUCAACGGAUUUUGAUGAGCCUCGUAUGCUAAAUAACUUGGGGAAGAGUAACUUGUACUCUCCUGAUGAGGAUGGUUUCCUGCUGGAUGAUACUACCCCUCAAUUUCCGGGGCUUGAUCUAAACGAUAAGUGGGAGGAGAUGGCUCAAAGCACCACCCAAGAACCAGAAGAUGCUUGCAAAGAAGUUAGAUGCAUUGAAGUAAACAGUGCAGAAGCAGAAAGAGUUCAAAUCCAAGACUCACCACCAGACGACAUUGUUGAAAAGAAAGAAUAUGAACAAAACUACAAAUCUUUUACGCCCGAUGAGUCCCAAAAGGAUGAUGCUGAUUCAUCUUUAAAAGCUAUAGAUAUGGAUUUGAGUUUAUAUGCUAAACUUGAAGCUGAAGAUGAGGUAAGUUUAAAGAAGUUAAUAGAAGACGUCAAAGAGACUGAGAAAUCUGUGGAGAAACAAAAUCAAUCUCCAAAGAAAGAAGAAAUGGCAGAGUAUUCGUCUAGAGAUCAGUCAGAGCAAGUAACGAAAUCACUCCCUGAAGAAGAGCAAUGUGUACAAGUCUAUGGAAGCUACGAUAAACUUGUAGCCCAAGAUGAGCUAACUAUAAACAAGUUACAAGAAUCCAAAGAGAGUGAGCAAUCUGUGGAGAAGGAAGACACAAAAAAGAAUUUGUCUUCAAAGAAAGAAGACAGAGAACAGAAUUUAUCUAUGGAUCAGUCAGAGCAAUUAUAUAAAUCACCUCCUGAGGAAGAGAAAUGUGUAGAAGUGUAUGAAGGCUCUGAUAAAGAUGAUAAUACAUAUGAGGCUCUGAAGAAAAAGGUGAAGGAAAUGCAGAAGACAAUUGAGUACUUUAUGAGUAUUCAAUCAGCAGAAGAGAAACAAUCUCCUUCGUUUAAUACGAUAGAUGAUACUUUGAGUCCAGGAGAUUACUUCAAGAUGAGAAGAAGCCGAAGUUGCAGAGAGAACCUCUUGUUUACAAAGGCUGCUGCUGCUGCUGCUAGUAGAGGUUUCAUAUUCGAGACCACUAACACAUCCUUUGAUUCAGAUAUCACUGUCUCCAUGGACGCACAGAGCAUGAAAGAUUCCGAUACAGAGACUAGCGGUAGUAGCUUCCAUGAAUUUAUGGCAGGACUUAGAGAAAGGACAAUGCAGCACCAUUCCACGCAUAGCGAUACUGAAACAAAGACGAUGAAGCCAGAAAACAUAGAUGAUGGCGGCGAGAAAACAGAAUUUGAGAGACAACAAAGCCAAAUAAUUGAGCUUUGGGAAGUAUGUAAUGUACCUUUGGUUCACAGAACAUACUUUUUCUUGCUCUUCAAAGGCGAUCCAUCGGACUUUGUUUACAUGGAAGUCGAACUCAGAAGGCUAUCUUUUCUAAAGGACUCGCCUGAGACAUCGAGGAAACAAUCAGCCAAAACACUAACACGUGAGAGAGAAUGGUUAGCUAAGCAAAUACCAAACAAGUUCGGAAAGAAGGAAAAAGAAGAAGUUUACAAGAAAUGGGGUGUUGAACUCAGCUCAAAGCGGAGAAGCCUGCAAGUAGCACACAAACUAUGGAACACCAACACCAAAGACAUAGAGCAUUGCAAAGAGAGUGCUUCUCUAAUAGCUACAUUGGUUGGAUUUGUUGACUCAACUCUGACACCAAAGGAAAUGUUUGGUCUUAGCUUCUCACCUACAACAUUCAACAUUAAACCAUCCUCUGGCUGGAGAUUCUCAAACUCUUUCUCUCGUAUUAGCUUCACCGGAUGAUAACAAUUAAAGCAGAAAUAUUCAGUCUUUGUGUGUAUUGUGAAAUAUGUGUAUGUCUGGAUUUGAAUCAAACUCUAGUUCAAUU